GCAUUAGGAACAGAGAACUUUGGUCUUCGUUACAGCUGCACACUUCAGACCUAGUGGUCGGAAAGAGACGCAUGCGACUCAAUUUCCGUUCAGUUGCUUGCAGGUUUAAAAAAAAAAAUUAUUAGAUUAAUUUAACGGUUUACAUAGUACUGUUCCCUACAGAUGUAUGAACUGUGCAAUUUCCAGUGGAACCUUCACAAUUUAUUUCUUUUCUUUUUUUUAAUUAUUUGUUUGUCUUCCCUCGGCUCGUGUUUGGCAGGGUGGUCUUGUACUGGAUAAAAGGAGCUCAGCUGCGCUUUUCUUGAGGAACAGCCACGCGGGGGAGAAACCUUAAAAGAGACCACUGUCGGAAGGUCGUUUCCCUGUGCAUUACGGAAAGACGUGGUCCAGGUGUGCUUAAUCGAAAUUACGGAGUGUGAUUAGCAUUUUUUUUAACUUGUUGCUGUCCUGCAAGCACCGUGCUGAGGAAAUUUCACUGCUACUUGGGAUCGAAACAGCGUACAGUUUUUAGCUUCCCGGACGAGGCUUUGGAGUACUGCCUGUGAUAUUUAAGAAAAAACAUAUGCCCCCGUUUUAAUCCAAUCACUUUUUCGUGGAGAUGUCCAUUCGUCGCCUCGCGGCGGUCCAGUAACUGACAAAGAAGUAACAGAAGCUUCUGCAGGUGUUGCCAACAGCGGGUCAGCAUGGCAGCGGGAGUCGCGGCUUGGCUUCCUUUUGCCCGGGCAGCAGCCAUAGGAUGGAUGCCAGUGGCGAGCGCACCUAUGCCCACACCCCCCAGGGAGAAGAGGAGAACACAGGACGGACUCAUCAUCCUUAAUGUCAGUGGAACAAGGUUUCAGACCUGGCGGAAUACUUUGGAACGGUACCCGGACACUCUACUUGGAAGCACGGAGAGAGACUUCUUUUUCCACGAAGAAACUAACGAGUACUUUUUUGACCGAGACCCAGAUAUAUUCAGACACAUUCUUAAUUUUUAUCGCACCGGCAAACUGCAUUACCCACGACAAGAAUGCAUUUCUGCAUAUGACGAAGAGCUGGCAUUCUUUGGGAUAAUACCUGAAAUUAUUGGGGACUGUUGUUACGAAGAGUACAAGGACCGCCGGCGAGAGAAUGCUGAAAGAAUUCAAGAUGACCAAGACGAUGAAAACAACAAUGAUUCGGCGCCCCCUCAUAUGACUUUCCGAGAGUCGAUGUGGCGGGCUUUUGAAAACCCUCACACUAGCACAAUGGCGCUCGUAUUCUAUUACGUCACUGGCUUUUUCAUUGCGGUUUCUGUCAUGGCCAACGUAGUAGAAACGGUGCCUUGUGGGACCUCACCUAAGGGCAUCAAGGAGGUGUCCUGCGGAGAGCGUUAUGCACUGGCCUUCUUCUGCUUGGAUACCGCCUGCGUUAUGAUCUUCACCAUCGAAUACAUGUUGCGUCUACUUGCUGCGCCAAGUAGAUACAAGUUUGUGAAAAGUGUGAUGAGCAUCAUAGAUGUGGUCGCAAUUAUGCCAUACUAUAUUGGCUUGGUCAUGGCAGACAACGAGGACGUGAGUGGAGCUUUUGUCACCCUGAGAGUAUUCCGCGUUUUUCGGAUUUUCAAAUUUUCCCGCCAUUCAGCAGGACUGCGUAUCCUGGGCUAUACCCUGAAGAGCUGUGCAUCUGAACUGGGAUUCCUGCUCUUUUCUCUGACAAUGGCCAUCAUUAUUUUCGCCACGGUGAUGUUCUACGCGGAGAAAGGAUCUUCGGCCAGCAAGUUCACCAGCAUCCCUGCAGCGUUCUGGUACACCAUCGUCACCAUGACGACGCUCGGGUACGGUGACAUGGUUCCCAAAACCAUCGUGGGGAAGAUAUUUGGGUCGAUCUGCUCCCUGAGCGGGGUGCUGGUGAUCGCCCUGCCCGUCCCGGUCAUCGUGUCCAACUUCAGCCGCAUCUACCACCAGAGCCAGCGGGCCGAGAAGCGCCGGGCGCAGAAGAAAACCAGGCUCGCUAGAAUUCACGCGACGAAGAGCGGCGGCACUAACUCCUAUUUGCAAUACAAACGCAACGGGUUCCCCGGCAACCCACCGCAUCAGGCCUCCAAGGAAGCGGGACAGGCCCAGGUCUCCAGAGCCAACCCUGUCUUCGAGACCCAGCAUCACCACCUGCUGCACUGCCUGGAGAAGACAACGAACCACGAGUUUGUGGAUGAGAAGACGUACGAGGCGAACUUCAUGGAGGUGUCGCUGGCGAACCAGCUGGGCUCCCUCUCCUCCUCCCUGGGCUCCUCCCAGCACGGCCUCUCCUCCUGCUGCUCCCGCCGCAACAGGAAGAGGAGCCUGCACCUGCCCAACUCCACCGCCUCCGGUCGCCAUGGCAGCGUGCAGGAGCUCAGCACCAUCCAGAUCCAAGAGAGGCCGCUGUCCAACAGCCGGUCCUGCCUGAACGCCAAACUGGACGAGACCAUGCCGCUGAACUGUGACCAGCCCUACAUCACGGCGGCCAUCAUCACCAUGCCGACGCCGCCGGUGACCACGCCCGAGGGCGACGGGUCGGCCAGCUCGUCUGACUACUCGCAGGCCAACAUCGUCCGGGUGUCCGCCCUCUAGACUCCGCCCGUCCUCGCCACGGUGUUGUGCCUCAGAAGUGACGGGACGGGAGGGAGAGACUCAGCACCCCCCCUACUGGAGAGUCGCGGCCAUUGCAAGACCCGGGGAGCUAGAGCGGGACCUGUUUUGUAUUCCAGCGCUGCAGUGUGCUGGUUUUUAGUGUAACACUGACAUUGGGGAUACCCUGUCCAGGAAGGGGCGCUGUUCCGCUGGCAGCCUCCGGGCUUAAAGCUUCAGAUCCUACACUCUCACAGGAAAAAUCAUUUUUAACUAUUGUGUGUCUUUAAAUAUGUUGUCUUCAGAAUUGGAGAGGCAAGGAAGGGGGGAAGCCAUUUUUUUUUUUUAAAGACAGCAUUUAAUCACAUGCUUUGGAUAAGAGGAUGUUAUGUUGUAUCGUUAAUUGCAAAAAAUGAUGUAACAAGAAAGACUUUUGAUACUAAUAUGUGAAGAGGCACAUACUGUACAUGUGUGAGUGUGCGUGUGCCUGCGUGUGUAAGUGAAGCAUCAUGCAUGACCUUAAUGCAGUUCCUGGAUUUGUGACUGUGUGGUUCUCCCCCCGCCCCUUUCCCCUUUCCUGAAACUACACCCCCCAGCACCACGCGCAAUAAGGCUCUUUUCAGUCCAUCUCUGUGUUUCACAGAGGGCAGAAUCACUUGCUUACAUCUCUUACUUGCUCCGCUGAGUUACGCGGUGCACAGAGUAUGUUGAUUGGCCAUCAUGAAUACCGUCGAUGGCAUUCCCUGAUAUCCCCCCUCUCCGGGCCUGUCUCUAAGCUCCUUUGCCGUGUUUACAUGCUCAGUAAUGCAUAAACUGUGUUUCUUGGUUGUUGAAGACAUUUUAUAGCCGCGGUGAGUCGUACUCACGCAUUUAAAUCGCGAAAGAAGAAAAUGCCGAUGUUCUUUGUCGUUGUUUUUUGUUGGUCAUUUGUGUCUAUGAUUACAGCAUUCCUUAGUGCGCUUCGAAAGCAAUGAAUUAAGGAAGAUACAGAAAACCCUUUAAAUGAGGGGUGAGAUUGGAUGAGAUUGGACACUCCUGCUUUAUCUUACUUACAUGUCAUGCUUUAAAGAGGCUUACGAUAAUGGCCAAACCGCAACUGAUCUUUCUGUUUCUACUGCAGUUGCAGUUUUGCUAUUGAAUGGACUAUAAAGCUGGCUAUCUGAAGCAAACGAGGAAGACAGAGUUGUGAACCUUGAGGAAAAUGCUACUUGAUUAUGAAGUAUUGUAUUAUUCUUCCUUUUUCUCCAACAUAGCCAGAAAAAAAACCUAUCACGUAGCCUACAGUGUAAAGCAACGACAACAAAAUUGCAGUGGUGGAAAUACUGAUGCAAAGUUUAAUUUAAUUUCCUUGUGUAGAGCAGCUGAGCUGAACGGAGUUUCCAGUAAUCAAGAUAAGCCGGCCGCGUGCACAAUACUGGCAAUACGGCCCCUGUUUAAUGAAGCGUCCGACCAUUACGCUAUUAGACCUACAUCAUCCCCGCGCGUGGAAUGGAACGGAACGGAAUGCAACGUCACACUUCACCGUUCGUGAUCGCGAGUAAAUCGCGUCAAUGCGAAAUGGGUUUUUAAACCGAGGACGGAAAAUACUGACCUUAUGCUGUCAUUGCUCUUUUUCUGUUGCCUUGUGCAAUUGCAAAUUGAACAAUGAGUUUUUCUCAACGUUUUUAUCCCACAGUAGGUUACCGUACUGUUCAUCCUUGGAACGCCUUCCCCUAGAUCGCGCUCUGCUCAGAAACUGCGGUAUGAUUUCCAAAAUUGCCAGACUUGUGUGAAUUAUGCAACAAGGUUUUUUUGUACAGAUUUUCAUUUUAUUGAGAGAAAAAUAGAGAAACGCGGAAUAUUUUUUAAAAACAAAUGGUCAUGUACAGCUCAUUAAAUCUUACUCCAUUUUUGGGUGGAAAAAAAAAUAUGUAUAAAAAUAAAAAUCGCCGACUGUGUUUAGUGACCAAGUGCUGUAAAUUGUUCUUCUGUGUAGUAAAUAUUUAUCCCAGUCAUUUUGAUCAUUUCAAAUGCCGUUUCUGUUCUUUUAUUUUAGUUAGUAAUCAGGUACUCAUUAUCCUAUCAAUUCUAUAUCCUCCCAAGGCCCAGUAAUGUAUUUUUGUCCCCUGCAAGGGAUAUGAGUCUUUGGUCUUAAUCUCAAGAACCAUACAUUCUAGGCUACUAUGCUGAAACUUGCACUACGAGGGACAUUCGAUAACAAUAAUCUUAUAUUUUCACUGCAACAUGUUUUUUGUCAUCCAAGACACUUGUAUUAUGUCAUAAAAAUGAAAAUCCUUUUUAAAAAUUCGGGCAGGUCUCAGGAGGAUAUUCUUUUUUUGUUUGUUUUUUAACCGUUAGAUCAAAAAGAUGCAUGCGGUCAUCGACGAGUUUGGUCUUGUUGUACCGGAGAAGAGUCUGAGUUCUGUUCUCGAUUUGUUUGUCAAAACUGAAGAGGCUUUUAGAAAAGUGUAUUUAAUGUACAAGAGACUGUGUAUAUUCAAGAAAAGACUACUUUCAAUUUGUUACGGCUUGUGCUGUGGACAAAAUAUAAAAAAAUAUUUACGAACUAGAAACAGCAAA